CAGACGAUAGAGAGAGCCGAUAUUGAUAUGUAACUGCUCAAGGGUUACAUCAGUGUUUUUAUAUACCUUGGAGAUCAAUAUGACAACUAUCAGCUCAAGUGAAGGACCAAAUGAUGAUGGCUCUACUGCAGCUGCUGCUGCAAACACAGGAGCUUUUGAAAAUAAUGGCGCGGAAUACCCAAACGAGUGGCAGCCCUGUGUGGACGAGACGUCCGGCUACACGUACUACUGGAACCCAGCCACCAACGAGGUGUCCUGGGAGCCUCCGGUGGACAUCAGCAGCCUGCUGCAGCCGCCGCCGCCACCGCCACCGCCACCACCGGCGGACCCGGAGCCCACACCCAAACGCCUGAUGGAGGAGGGGAUCCAGUUGAUCACUUCUUACGGCGGCGACUCGACUGAGGAUGAAUCGGAGGAUGAGCAGCCAGCACCACCUCCCCGGAAACCCGCCGCCGUCAGACGCCGCUCCCCGCCGCGCGCCAAGAAACCUCCCUCGCCGCAGUACGGCCCCAAAUUACCCUCUCCGGAGUACGGACCCAAACUGCCGUCCGCUGCGUCACCGGUAUACGGCCCGGCCGGACCGCCGUCUCCCGUGUACGGGCCGGCGCUGCCCCCGGCGGCGGAGGAGCGGCCGUCGCGGUCCCCCUCCCCGGAGGCGCCGGCGCCGGCUCGGCUGACGAUGGGCCCGUUCGGCACCACGGCGGCUGCGUUCGUCGGCCCCGUGCUGCCGCCUCACCUGGCUGCCGACCUGGGCUCCGGCGCGGGAUCGGCGCUUGGCUCAGCGGCGGCCUCCGGUGCCGGCUCGGCAGCCGCCUCUGGGGAUGAGGAGGAGGAGGCUGAGCUGCUGGCACAGCUGCGGGAGCGGGCCGCCCAGCUGCGGCAGCUCGGCGGGGAGCUGCCCAGCGGCGUGGAGAAGCUAGUCACCGACCCAGAGCCAGACGAGAAACAGAAGACCAAGCCGACGAAGCCAGAAGCGGAGGAGGUAACCGCAAAGCCAGAGCCGGAUUUGCCGGUGGCGGAGCCCGAACUGGAUAUCCUAGCGGCCAUUGAAGCGGAGGUGCCGCCAGAUGCAGAACAAGAGCCCGAACCGGCUGUCUCGAGUCCCGCACCUGCAGCUGAACGGCCAUCGGAGGAUUCAGAACCUUCAGAUGAGCGGUCGACUUCGUCCAGAUCGCGCAAACGACGCCGCAAGGCCCGCUCCCGAGCCGCGGUGGCCACGGAAGACGGUCCUCCGGCUAAGGAGUCGCGCCUGGAGGAUGAAGCCAGCGCGCCGCAGCCCGCCGAUGAUCUACUGGCCAUGAUCGAAGCUGAGCAACCACCGGACUACGAACAGUCUACGACAUCCCCGGCGGUCAAGACAGCCUCGGACGCUACUGAAGACCCAACUAUGGACAUAAUCUCCGCGAUUGAGAGCGAGAUGCCGCCUGAUUAUGAGCCGGCUGUGGAUUCUCCGGCGUCCACCGCACCUGCGGAGAAGAAGGCCGAUUCGCCCAAUGCAGACUCGACUCUUGACAUCAUAUCGGCUAUCGAAAAUGAGAUGCCUCCGGAUUAUGAGGGGUCGGGGAGUGGCAAGGCCAAUUCUGAAGAUAAGUUAGAACAAUCUGGCAUUGAAGGGGGCGAAGAGGCGAUGGACCUUGACGAACCGGAGAAGGAGAAUGAACCUAAGGUGGUGACACAAGAUAAACCAAAGGCGAAGAAUGUGGAGACAGUCAAAACGAAGCAAGAAGAGACUAAGCCGUCAGAGCCAGCAGCUUCGUCCCGCCGUCGCUCUCGCUCUGUGCAGGGUAUGGGUCUAAUCGCCUCCUAUGGCUCCGGUUCAGACUCCGAGUCCGGUUCGGAGUCGGACUCGCGGUCGGGCUCCGACUCCGACCCCAGUUCACGGUCUGGUGACUCUGGGUCUCGGUCGAGGACUCGGCGGAAGAGGAAGGUGGGUCCGACGGACCGCACGCCCCCGCUCUCCCCUCGACCGGCGAGUGAGCGGGAGAGCUCGCCUGUCUACGGCCCGGCGCUGCCGCCGACCGGUGAGCUACCCGUCCCUUCACCGGUGGCGGCAGCAGAGAGCGGCGAGCCCCCCGCCGCAGCUACCGCCGGCCCGGCCACGGCAGCACCAGCCACCAGUCUAUUUCCAGCUGUAUCAGCCUCUGCAGCUCCGGCCCCGCCGCCUCCAGAGACCUCCAAACCGUCCACCAGUAAACCACUGUCAGACCGACCGACCACCAGUAAACCAAACCAAGACAAACCACCAGUCACCAAACCAGCCCCUGCGGCUCCGUCGCCUCCCCCGUCCGGCUCCAGUUACACGACAUUCUCCGCGGGUGCGUACGAGACUCCGACACUUCAGGUACAGGACGGUACCUGUGUUGGGCUCGGGUACCACGAGGCCGGUCCGCCUGACCGGCUGGCCUGGGAGGAAGCGCCGCAGAAGGACCGCCCCCGCCGACCGGCCGCCGGCGACAAGCGAGGGUUCGUUCAGUUCCAGAAGGGAGGCACGUUGGAGCCGGCCCCUGAACCGGCGAAGGAGGUGGUGAAGGAGCAGGAGUCAGCUGCGGCGUUCUCUCGUGCUGACCCGGAGGACGCGGACCGGAUCAACGACAUGGUGGAGGAGAUUGUGGACAAGCUGGAGUUUCUCGGCGUCGGCCUGGAGACCGUGUCACCCGUCAAGGUGCUCGCCAUCCAGACUCAGACGCUGUGCGCCGCCUGGCAGUCGGGCGACCUGCGCGCCGCCUACUUCCUGCGCUGGCUGGAGGCACAGGUGACCGCGUUCGCCGAGCGGGAACGAGACUCGGCGCCCGACGGCUGGACCAUGCAGUGGCACAGGACCCGCAAACGGUACACGUACACCAACCUGAAGACGGGCCGGGAGCAGAACGACUAUCCCGACAUGGAGCCAAAGUCGGAGACUGGCCGUACUCCUGCAGACCCGGCACACAAAAAGCGCGACAAGAAGAAGAAAAAGCCGGCUGCCGCGAUGGAGCCUGCAGCGGCGCCCUCUGCCGUCCCUGCCCCUGUCCCGUCCACUCCAGUUCCCCCGGCUCCGGUGGCGCCGCCUGCAGUGGAUCCUCCCCUCCCAGCUCCCCAGAAACCCGUCCCUCCCCCUCCACCUCCAUCGCUGGGCCCCGUUCCGACCCCGCCACCGGGAGUGCUGAAGAAGCAGCCCUCGCCGCCGGCCGGUGACGGCGCGCUGCCCGUCCCUCCGCCGCCGCCCAAGUUCGAGGGCCGGUUCCGGCUGGAGCCCCCUCCUCCGCCUCGGUUCCCCGUGGCGCCGCCGCCGCCGUCCCUGUCCUCCUACGAGCCUCCGCCGCCCGGAGAGGAGCCCGAUGUGCCGCUGCCAGUGCCGCCGCCCCCACCGCCGGAGGAGCCCCCGCAGCCGGAGCCGCAGCGCGGGCAGCAGCUGCUCUCCGAGCUGGACAGCUUCUACUCGGAGGUGGGCCUGCUGAACGAGGUGUCGGCGCUGCCGCUGCCAGCCGCCCCGGCCCCUGCCGAGCCGGAGCCGCCGCUGCCGCCCACGCCGUCACCGCCGCCGCCCCAGCCCGAGGAAACGGCAGCAGCAGCGGUAGAGACCGCCGACAGGCACAAGAAGAAAAAGAAAAAGGGUGCAAUGACUGCUACCGCGCUGAUUCACAAGAAGAAAGGCGUCGACAAGCUGGUGGCCAAAUGGAAGACGGUGCAGAAGGGGCUGUAGGAGUCGCGGUACUCCUGAUCAGGACCAACGUCGCUCGUGUUCGUCUCCGAUUCGCUGUACGAAACGUGUGUAUCACUCGCUUUAUGUAAAAUAAAUGUCUGCUAAAA